CAUAACCUCACCACCACAAUGUCGGAACGAAGAGGAAAAGUCCAGAUGCCGCUGGUAACCCCAGAGCAAGAAGAGAAACUCAAGAAGAAGCUCGAAAUUAAGAACUUCGAUCUCAAUGCCAUACUGCGAGGUGCACAACUGACAGUCGUCGGAGCCCUACGAGCGUUACAGAACCCGGCUCUCUUCACCUCCGAGCAUUAUAAGCAAGCAGCUCUAGCUGUCGCAGCUGGAAUUGCUAUCCGAAUCCUAAUAGCAAUACCAAUCGUCGGAAUCAAAGUAUUACUAUGGUUCCUAUCAUUCUUCAUAAACUUCGACGCCGUAUCAUGGGAUGACAACCUCGUCAGCGGCCUGGACUUCAUCCAGAACUACGUCCUCCAGGUCCCCUUCUUCCUCAUGACCCUGAUGCGCUACAUAACCCCCACCCUGGACAACAUGUUCAUGGACUCCCUCCGCUGGGUCGACUCCACCUACCAACAAAAGCACAAGGACGAUGACCCUUCCCAGCUCCGUCCCCCAUAUUACCCGAACAUGAGCCUCUACUCCACCAGAGACGGCAGCACGCACAGCAAAUCCACCGCCGAAGCGCUAACCCGCCUAUUCAUCCGCCGCGGCAAAAAGGCAGGCAUCUCCCUCGUCAUCUUCGCCUUAUCAUACACCCCCUAUGUAGGCCGCCUCGUCCUCCCCGCCGCGAGUUUCUACACCUUCAACGCCUCAGUCGGUCUCGGCCCCGCGCUCCUCAUCUUCGGGAGCGGCAUCUUCCUGCCCCGCCGCUACCUCGUCAUUUUCUUGCAGUCAUACUUCACCUCACGCAGCUUGACGCGCGAGCUGCUCGAGCCGUAUUUUAGCCGUAUCCAGUUCACGGCUGCGCAGAAGAAGCGGUGGUUUCAUGACCGCUCGGGACUGCUGUUUGGGUUUGGCGUUGGGUUUUACAUAUUCCUCCGUAUCCCGCUGUUGGGCGUACUCAUCUAUGGCAUUGCCGAGGCGUCGACGGCGUAUCUGAUUACGAAGAUUACGGAUCCGCCGCCGCCGCCUGCGCAGAGUGUGGGGUUUGCGGAGAGUCAGCAGAGGUGGACGAAUAAGCAUGAGUUUCUGAGUUUGGAUUGGGCGAACUUGGAUUCUCAUGCUGGGCAUGUGAAGAGUGGGCAGGGAGAGGGUGCCACGGAUGCUUAUUAUGAGAAGAGGGAGCUGUGAGGUAGGAGUUGGUAGGGGACGGGAAGAAAUGAAGAUUGGAAACGAUAGAAUGUAAAAUUGUGAUUUAUAACGACAAUAUGAAUAUUAAAUAAAACCUACAUAAAAUGAGCAUAUACGACCCUUAGGGUACACGAAG